UUGCCUAACGACUGCAGAUUACGCGCUAGUGACCCGAUUAUCCCGAUUAUGCGUAUGCUCGAGCGGGGAAUUGUUCGCACGUGCUGUUGGAGCUUGCGCAAUAUUCUGGGUUUCGAUAAAUUUUUUUUAAAGAGUAAUUAUCACCCGAUCUACAUUUACUAAGCAUAACCGUGCCAAUCGCAGUAAACAAAAGAGCCGGUGUUCUUUUCGAAGUAGGCCAGGCUUCGCUUGUUAUUCCAAUCGCAAAUUCUGAUGAGUGUCGAAUUCCACGAGACUUUGUUUCGGCCAUAUAAGAGCCAGGCGAAAAUUGGUUUUUUGCAUUGUCAACCGGGCCCCACACAAAUAUCGCAUCGCGCGAAUACACUCGAGAUGGCGUUUUCCGUGUUCGUCCCAUUUUUGAUUGUCGCUCUGCUAUCAGCGCAGGCGUCGCGGGCCGAGGAAAAAUUCACGAAGGAGGACAGGGAGCUGCUGAAGCGCAUCUCCCGAAUGAUCCAGGACACGUCGUUGCCUAAGUCGAUAAUGGGGAUUCCGCUGAGCCAGGAGCAGCUCGAGAUCGAGAGGUCCGAGCGAAUAAACCGCGGCUUCGAGAAGAUGAUUCAGCUGGUCAGCGUGCUGGGCCAAGUCGAUAGCUUUAUCACCGACCGAACAAAGAACCUCGUGAGGAAACUCAACGCCGUGUACGACGUCGACGAGAGGGAACGAUCGAGAAGGAGCAGUCGAUCGGCGGCUGCUCUUACUUCGUGAUUCAUCCUAUCAUCCUAUCAUGUAUUUUAUACGAUUUUUGUACCGACAAUUUUUCCUACAUAAACAUAAUAAACGCUAUGGCUGCAACGAUGCGCUUCUAGAACUGGAAAUUUCCCGCCGAUCCCCUAUACUUACGCUCGUAAAUAUAGUAAACCCUCGAGCCUCGCUUGAAAGGAGCCCCGCGCGUCGCGUUGUAAAUCCUCCAAACGUGCCGCGCAGGUAUAACGCGGACGCUCCGAAAUUUCAAUUGCCCAUCAGGGAAUUUCGGAGCCGCGUAAACCGACGAUGCUCAGGAGGCGGGUCUCGAGGUACACUCGUACAUUUUCCCUUAUACCUGGGCUAGACAUAAUGCUAUGCAGUACGACUGUAUAUAAGAGCUGGAGGGACGAAGCGGCCGCUUUAGUCCAGUGCAGAGGUUCGCGGGUAUAGUAUAUACAAGGGCUGCAGUGCAGCCGUCGUCGAUUUUGAAUUUCCAAGGAGAACGCGGUUGGCGUCGCUGAAAUGUCGAAGAGGAUAGCGAUAAUCGCGAUUGUUUGCGCUUGGGCCGUGCUGGCGUCGGAGGAUUAUUGCUCGAUAUGCACGGAGCACACGAUGUGCCGAUUCGGCGAGGACACGACGGGCAGCGCCUGCGGGAAAACGAGCGAGGGAGGCGUCUCGAGGGCCGAGAUCGAGGAGAUCCUGCGCGUGCACAACGAGUACCGCUCCACCGUAGCGCAGGGCAAUGAGCCUCGAGGAUCGCCCGGACCUCAGCCCGCCGCCGCUGAUAUGUACGCCCUCGUCUGGGACGACAGGCUCGCGGAGGUGGCGCAGAGGUGGGCCGACCAGUGCACCUUCAAGCACGACAAAUGCCGAGACGAUCGUAAGUGCCUAUAACUUAUCUCGCUUCCCCGUCGGCCAGAACAUCUACUGGAGCUCGAGCAGCAAACCGGUCAGCUGGUCCCGGGCCAUCCAGACCUGGUACGACGAGGUGUCGCAGCUCAACCCGCGCAACGUCUCCAGCUACGGCAUCGACAUGAACACGGGACACUACGCGCAGCUGACCUGGGCCAAGACCAGGCACGUGGGCUGCGCCAGCAGAAACUACGGCGGUUCCUACAGGCUGAGGGCGAGUCGGCCGAUCGAGUACGUGCUCUCCGAGGUGCGACGUAGAAACGUUACGGACGAACAAGAGCCCGGUUACUUCGGCAUCGAUGCCGAUCGGAUCGAUUUGUCGAUCGGAGCCAGAGGCGCCCCCACCUCGGCUAAACCCGUCCCGUCGGCGCUUACGACGCUCGUGCAGGAUAAGAGCCAGAAUUUGAUGGAAGAUUCGACCGAUGCGCCGAUGAUGGUCGCGAAACAGGAGCCUGGGUACUUUGGCGGGGCUGGUUUCGAUCCCGCGGGUGCGCAGGGCGCUCUUACGCAAAAACCAACGAGCGAACAUAAGCCGAUCGUCUCCAGACCCGUGCCGCCAGUUAGUAAUGGACAAGUGCCGGUGAAGCCGAAUUUUUAUCGACCCCAUUACCCGUAUCCCACGAACGCCUAUCCCGGUUACUUGCCUUACUACCCGCACGGCCAGUACGGCCGUUUCAAGCCUGACGAACUCCAGCAAGCCCUGGAAGAUAAUUCGUCGGAAUCUCUGGAGAACAGCUCCGAGGAUAUCGACGACGUAAAGCGCGCGUCGGUGAACGAGGACAGCCUGCAGAAAAUUCCCAAGAGCCUCGAGCUGAACAGCUGGACCAAACAGGGUUGGAUGACACGGAACUACGAUAUGGCCAGGGAUCAGAUUUUCAUCUGCAACUACGGACCCGCCGGCAACUUCUUUGGCGAACCGAUUUACGAAACUGGCGAACCUUGCUCCAAGUGCCCGGGAGAUACCACUUGCAGGGAUGGACUCUGUAUCUAAGAAAUAUAAGCGCGCUCUGAUUAAUGUUGUACAGAAAUCGAAAAUGAAUCGCUUCAAUCCAUUCCUUCCGGAAUUCACAUUUUAAUUCUAGCGUAAAAUUUUUAAUUUUUUUUUUUGUUUUUUUGGAGAUUCGAACUUUGCAAUAACAUAUUGUCUAAUAUAAUUACUAUGUAUAUAGCUACGACAUUUUUAUUUUCCAGUCUUAUUAGCAAUCAAUCAUGUAUAAUAAAUAAUAUUGCGGUAUUUUUGAAAACGAC